AUGAGCGAAUAUGAAAAGUUCGAUGAUAGUUUUUCCAUAGACGAGUCCGCGUCCAGAUCAAACUCCAGUUCAACCGAGGACAAAUCUGUGUCCAGCUCAAAAUCUAGGUCGGCCAGUCCAGUAAAGAAAAAAAAUUUUAGCGUUUCUGGAUCACCUCCGUCAAAACGAAGACGCAUGGGUGAUAGGGAGAGUCCUAAGGAAUGCAAAUGCUUAGGAAUUUUUGGGAUGAGUUUUUACAUAAAUGAACAAACGCUUCGUGAUAUGUUCAAGAAAUAUAGCCCGAUUGAUAGAAUUCAAAUAAUAUAUGACCACGAUAAUUCAAGAUCUCGAGGAUUUGCUUUCGUCUCAUUCAAACAUAUUGAUGAUGCUGUAAAUGCGAAAAAGGAUGCAUCUGAUAUGAAAAUUGAUGGUCGUAGGGUCAGAGUUGAUUAUUCGAUAACUGAGAGAGCACACACGCCAACACCAGGAACAUACAUGGUGUUUAAAAGAGGCAACAGAGGUAACGAACGAGGCAAGCACAAUUUUCACUCACCAGCCAAACAAAAUGGUGGGGGAAGUAGAUACAGGUCGCCAUCAAGAGAUAGAUAUUGA